AUGGCGGGCUCCAGCAAGCCAUUCACAGCGUCGAUGGCGUCGAAGUAUAUGCACAAGAAGGAAGAGAGAAAGAAGGCACACGAAGAUGAUGGAGUUAGUUUUGUAGCAAGGCCAAUUAUCACAGUCAAUGGUGUGGUCAUUUUUGAUGGGAAGAUAGGCAUCUUUCCAUUCAUAGAAGAGGUGGCAGCAAAGAGGUCUAGUUGUAAUAGAGAUGCAGGGGUGAUUGAAACCAAACCUCUACUAAGCAUCACAAAAGAAGUCAUAAGAGAGAAGCUAGUAAACCAUAUACUGCUAGCCACAAAAGAGAAGUGGCCAGAGGAUGGAUGUAAGCAAAUCUGGACUGUCCAAGACAAUGCAAGGCCACACAUAGCAAGUGAUGAUGCUCAAUUCAACUUAGAGGCAAAAAAAGAUGGAUUUGACAAAAGAUUAAUCAAUCAGCCAGCACAAUCUCCUGAUAUGAAUGUGUUGGAUCUUGGUUUUUUUAAUGCAAUUCAAACAUUAGAAGAUCAAAUUGCACCUAGAACUGUGAAGCACUUGGUGAAGGCAAUGAACAAGGCUUAUGACAAGUAUGACCCUAAGCUAUGCAAUCACAUAUGGUUGACUCUACAACAAGUGAUGAAGGAGACUCUUAUAGUUAAGGGUAACAAUAAUUAUCACAUACCACAUAUGGGGAAGAAAGCACUAGAAAGGAGAGGUGAGUUACCAACAUCCAUUAUCCUUAGUCCACAACUAGUAGAAGAGAGCAAAAAAUGGGCAGAGGAAGGUCAUAUUGAAGAUGAACAACAAGAACCAAACUAUACAACAAGUGGGGAAUCAGAUUCAGAUGAUGGUAUUGGCAUAAUAUAA